UGUCUGUCUGUCUGUCUGUCUGUCUGUAUGCAACUCAUUCAUUCACAACCUAUCCCCCUGACACUGCUGAAGGGGUUGAGGUGGGGGUAAAGUGAGGACGGGGUUAAAUCUCUUUGGAACGUGCGCAGAAGUCCGCGCUCUCGUGCCGGAGGUCUCGCCUGUACAAGUGUCGGUACAGAGGCUGACUCCAGCCAAGCAGUGCGCGCACUCUGGAAAGCUUCUACUCCAGUGUUCAACAAGGGGACAAAAACAUUUUUUUUUUCUUUUCUUUUUUUUACAUCUCGCGUACCGGGAUGCAGUCAGGCUGUCUUGGCUCCUGCGCUCUGGAUGAUAAUGGGAUAAUUUUCUUUCGAAGCCAUCAGAUGUUUCCAGUGGUGGAUUUCACUGUUUUGGAAUGUGUUUGAUGCGUAUUAACCUGUUUUUCGACAUUUCCUCCUCUGGGGUUGGCUACAUGAUUUAUUUUUUUCCUGCCACUGGAAUAUGUGGACAUUUUACCGUUUGAUUCCACGGCCUGUUUAGUGAUCAAAAGGUUUGAAUGAUGAAAAUCUUUUGAGAUGAAAAACAGCACUUUUGGGGAUAAUUUUCUGCUUGUGCGCGGCUCGUGCCUAAUCUCGCGCCUCAGCAGCCUGUUGUCUGUGUCCGUGGAGAAACGCACAACUUUGCCGCGUGCUGGAGCCGGAGCUGGAGCUGGAGCUGGAGCGGGGGCUGCAGCUGGUCUGAGCGGCGCACCAGGGCCACACGCAGGGGGCCAGGAGGGGGACCAACGGAGCGGCCCCGGUGUUCGGCCGUUCUGUGGUUGGACGGGGCAUCCGGUGCAGCUGUGGAGCGCGGAUGAUGAAGACGGUGGUGAUGAGGAUGAUGAAUGGCCCGGCAGCUCGAGCAGGCACCGGAGUCUCGCAAGCAUUAUGUUUACUUCUGUGCGCUCUCGUCUUUCUCCCGCCGUGCGCACACUCGCACCCGCAGCCGUGCCAGGUGCUGAAACGGAUCGGCCACACGGUUCGGAUCGGGGCACUGCAUGUCCACCCUCGUAUGCUCUCUGCCACCGCCGGCAGCGGUUCUGAGGACUGGGACGGCGAUCGAGAUUUGACUGGGAGCCGGGAGCGGCGGGUGGAGUUGGUUAAAACAAGUGCCAGUGCGCCUGGAUAUGGAAGCCUCAGGACUAGAGGCACAGUUCAUAGCCAGCGGGGGUCCAGUAGGAGUAAGAACCAGGCACGGCAGCGGGAGGAGAACACCUCGAGGGAGAACCGCGUGUUCGCACCCCGAGACUCGGUCCUGCUCGCGGUCGAGGCUCUGAACCGAGCCGGAUUGUUGCCAUACAAUUUAUCUCUGGAGCUUGUCAUGGCCGUUGGGUCUGGACUCGGUGAGCUGCCCGCAUUCUCCUCCUCUUCUGUGGGCAGCCCCGAGAACGAAGACCCACUGUCCUUCGUGGAGAGCGUGUGUCACACCGUGGUCGUGCAGGGGGUUUCCGCCAUGAUCGCCUUUCCACAGAACCGGGACGAGUUCGUCAAGUUGGAGUUCGUCUCUCUUGCGCUUCAGGUGCCAGUAGUAAGCGUUGUGCAGAAGGAGUUUACGCGCCAAAGUGAGAAUCCUCUCCAUUUUCAAAUGGCGAUGCGGACUGUGGAGGCAUCGCCAUCCCGUCUCCUCUAUUCCCUGCUGAUGAUGAAUGGCUGGUGGGACAUCAGCGUUCUGCUCUGUCAGGAAUGGGACAUUAGCGACUUCCUCAUCCUCAUCAAGAACAACACCCGCUUCCACCUGGGCACUCUUGUCAAUCUGACAACUACUGCCUCAACAAUACCACAGUCUUCAUCUUCAUUAUCAUACUCAGGACUGGCAUCAGGUUUGGCAACAGGAACGGAGGCGUCAUCGUCAUUGGCUUCUUUACCUUAUUUCUCGCCAGCUGCCUCAUCCUCUGCUUCUUCGUCCACUUCCUCCUCUAAAUCAGAUCAGCAGCAAGCUCUCAUGCGGCAGCUGGAAGCCCUGAGAGAACCUUCAUCCACAACGGGAGUGGUGACGUUUGGGUGCGACAUCCGUGAAGUGCGCCGUCUGUGGACAAUUGCUACCCGGAUGAUGCUUCCAGAGUUUCACUGGGUUCUGGGGGACAGCCAGAAUGUGGCCGAGCUCAGAACAGAAGGGUUGCCCCUGGGGUUACUUGCACACGGGGUCAUGGGGUCCCCUUCUCUGGAUCACCACGUCCAUGACUCAGUGGAGUUGGUCGCACGGGCGGUGGGCAGUGCAGCCCAAGAGAACCCUGCCCUGGCACUCAUACCUGGAACUACUAACUGUAUGGAUGUACAACAGAGUAAUGGCAGCUCGGGGGAAUACUUGGCAAGAUUUCUAUCCAACACAUCAUUUGAGGGCCAGGGCGGUUUUAUAUCUAGACACAGUCACAGCCAGAAUGUCAUCUCAGAGGCUCAUCACUACAUCUGGUCCCUUCAGCUGGACCCCCUAGGCCAGCCAACCUGGACCCGUCUGGGAAGAUGGCGCAGGGGUAAGGUUCUGAUGGACCAGGGGGCCUGGCCAAGCCAUCAAGGUUCUGGGGGGGGAGGUGACUGGCGCCGAUCCACACGGCUGCACAUGCGGGUGGUGACACUGGUGGAGCACCCAUUUGUAUUUACCCGUGAGGUGGAUGGGGAUGGGUUGUGUCCCGCAGGUCAGUUGUGCCUCGACCCGCUCACCAACGAAUCUUCGGUUUUGGAAAAACUUUUCCAGAAUCUUGCAGGACCCAACGGAUCUGUUCCCACAGACCACAAGAAGUGUUGUUAUGGUUACUGCAUUGACCUGCUGGAGAAGCUGGCAGAGGACAUGGGCUUCACUUUCGACCUCUAUAUUGUAGGCGAUGGGAAGUAUGGGGGCUUCAAGAAUGGUCGCUGGACAGGAUUGGUGGGUGAUCUGCUCAGCGGCGCUGCCCACCUGGCAGUAACUUCUUUUAGCAUUAAUUCAGCCAGAAGCCAAGUCAUUGACUUCACCUCACCAUUCUUCUCCACCAGCUUGGGAAUCCUGGUUCGCACUCGUGACACAGCUGCACCCAUUGGUGCCUUCAUGUGGCCUCUCCACUGGUCCAUGUGGCUCGGCAUCUUUGUCUCCCUUCAUGUCACCGCCAUCUUCCUCACUCUGUAUGAGUGGCACAGCCCGUUUGGUAUGACACCACGUGGACGCAACCGCGACCGGGUGUUCUCCUUCUCCUCAGCACUCAACGUGUGCUACGCUAUUCUCUUUGGGAGAACAGUGGCUAUCAAGCCGCCGAAGUGCUGGACAGGCCGCCUGCUGAUGAACCUCUGGGCCAUAUUCUGUCUGUUCUGUCUGUCCACCUACACUGCUAAUCUAGCUGCUGUCAUGGUGGGGGAGAAGACCUAUGAACAACUGUCAGGGAUACAUGAUCCAAAGUUGCACCAUCCCUCUCAGGGAUUCCGAUUUGCCACAGUGAGAGAAAGCAGUGCAGAGGACUACGUCAAGAAGAGUUUCCCUGAGAUGCACGAGUACAUGAGAAGAUACAACGUCCCAGCAACACCAGAUGGCAUACAUCAGCUGAAGGCUGACCCUCAGAGGUUGGAUGCUUUCAUCAUGGACAAAGCUCUGCUGGACUAUGAGGUCUCCAUAGAUGCAGACUGUAAAACGCUAACAGUCGGAAAACCAUUUGCUAUAGAAGGCUAUGGCAUUGGUCUUCCUCAGAAUUCUCCACUCACCUCCAACUUCUCAGAGCUUGUUAGUCAGUACAAGUCCGAUGGCUUCAUGGACAUGCUGCAUGACAAAUGGUACAAGGUUGUGCCCUGUGGGAAACGCAGCUUCGCCGUGACUGAGACGCUGCAGAUGGGUAUAAAGCAUUUCUCUGGUCUGUUUGUGAUGCUCUGCGUGGGUGUGGCCUUAUCUCUACUGACCACAAUAGCAGAACACAUUGUGUACAAGCUGGUGAUCCCGAGGGUCAAGGAGCCACGCUUCAAAUACUGGCUGCACACAAGCCAGAGAUUACACCGGGCCCUCAACUCAGUCUUCACUGAUGACAAACUGCCGACUGUUACCAAGCCUGAGAAGAGGUGCAAUGAGGGAAACAACCAGUCAGCAACUUGGAAUCCUGCAGAGUCCUCCCACAGUAACAGACGUAGAGUCCUUCCACAAGAGAUGCAGAAUGACCUGGAACACCCAUCCUCCCAAGAUCUUCCUCCACCUCCACCGCCAUCUCCUCUGCCUCAUCCACAUUCUCUUCCCCUACUGGAGAAACACCUGCCCAUAGUGACCAACUCCAAUGGCCGUUCUGACCUGUUAGGGCGGGUGUUGGGCCAAGGACUGGGAUCAGGGCUGGGUGGCUCCAGGCAGGGCAUGACAUCGGGACAAUGCCGGGGUUUGGGUGUGGGCGACUGUGGACCCGGCUUGGGUGUGGGAAGGAGCCCGCUGGUUCAGGAGCUGUCAGAACUGGAAGGCCAAAUUCUCGUAAUCAAGCAGCAGCUGCAGUCAGCCAUGAGGAGGAAGAGAGAGCUUGAACAGUACCAAUCAGAAAACCAGCAAGCAAACCAGACUGCACCCAGUCAGCCCACUACACGCCAGUCUAACCAGUUUGCUCAGUAUACCCAGACCCACCAGCAGACUAACCAACACACAAACACGCUCCCAGAGUUCUGAAGCUUUUCUCCUUUGCUCUGCCCAGAGAAAUCUGGAUAGACAUGGGACUAGUUUCCAAAACCUCCUGUAGUUUCUGGAAAAGUAUCCUUGUCUGAGUUAUAAAGUUGGAACCUUCACAGAUUUCUGGGAGUUGAAUCCUCUGUUAGGCUCCGGAGUUCCUCUGAACGCUGGGCCGAAACGUUCUACAGGGAUUAGAUCCUGCCCUGUAACACCAGUAGAACAUUACCUGUCUUCUGGAAUAUGAGAUUUACUUAAACAAGGGUCAUUGGACAAAGGUGAACGAGGGACCCUGAAUCAAAUCUGUUCUCACUAGCUUGUUGCCGUCACUGAAGAGCUACGCAAACCUUCCUCUUAACUUCCCUUCCCCCAUUUUCUGCACCUCCUUUUCAGCUCUUUCUGAUCCUUUCAUAUUUUUCCUUUUCCAUUGCUACUCAUCUCUACCCCUUCCUCUUGUCCCUCUCAUCCCUUCCCUCUAAGCCUUGUCAAGGGUACAGAUUUGCUUGCCGUGAUGAUAAGCUUCAUCAUAGAUAUGGAGACUCUUUGGUAUUUAAGUGUAAUGGGCUAAUUCACCUGAGUCUUACAUUGAGACUCAUUGAGAGUGUAAAUGACCUGAAGUUGAACCCAACCACUUAAGUCUUUAUGGCCUGGUCUCUUGCUGAAAUCUUGUACAUUUGAGUGGGGGGAAAAAAGAAAGGUAAGAGAGUGGUUACCAUUAAUGACCUAAUGCUUCUGGCCUUUGAUAAUGCAUUUGAUUUGGCUUAGGUCAUCUUUUAGUGGGUUGGUGGGGCAAUUGUUCUGAGUAAAGAACGGGAAAAAGUUACAAUGCUUCAGCAAAACACCUCUAGAUUCAUCAAAAAUAUCUGGCUGGCAUCUGGUGGUGGAUUUUAGGACAAUAUAAGAUAUUUUAAGGAUCACUACAAGAUAUUGUCCUGCACUUCACCAAAUGCACCUCUAGUUUCUUAAAGAAAGCUGCACCUAGUCAUCAUUCAACUUGUCAGAGUUUAACUGAUGGUCUAGACAUUUUUCUUGGCUUUAGGGUUAUAACCAACCCAGGAUCUGAAGAAGAAAUAUAUUAAAUGUCAAUAAAUCCAAGCGUCUUUAGCUUUUUUUAGUCAGGGACUCAAAAGGACCUUUUUACCCAGCCUCUUGACCCAGCCUCGGUGCUCUUAUAAUCUCGUGACACAACAAACACAGGACUACCAUUCCGUUCUUGGUGCAACCCCAUUGUUAAUUAGUAGAUGUAAACAUAUUCAUAGACCACUAGUCAAACUCUGACAUCUUACUUGAAUAUGGUGAUCAUUCACAACUGAACAUGCUGAAACAGUCCCUCUGUGAUGAGACCUGUUUUCUUGCAUUUUUUCUGUUUGCGUUUGGAUGUGUUCUGUUAUUAAAAUCUUACCUCUCUU